GACACAUUUGAUUGUGAGGUGAAACUAAAGCGGAGUCGGAAUUGGAAUUAGAUUAGUUAACACUUUCUCAGUAGCAGUUCAUGGCUGACAACGAUUCUCACUCCGAAUUCCUGGCAUCUGCAGUAGACGCUGCUCGCAAAGCUGGUGAUAUCAUUCGGAAAGGCUUCUAUGAAACCAAGCAUGUCCAGCACAAAGGCCAGGUUGAUUUGGUCACUGAAACUGAUAAAGCAUGCGAGGAACUCAUUUUUAAACAUCUCAAGCACCUUUACCCUACUCAUAAGUUCAUUGGGGAAGAAACCACCGCUGCGUUGGGCACUACUGAACUUACAGAUGAGCCUACAUGGAUAGUUGAUCCUGUGGAUGGAACUACUAAUUUUGUGCAUGGGUAUCCCUUUGUUUGUGUUUCCAUUGGUCUGACGAUUGGAAAAAUUCCUACAGUUGGUGUUGUUUACAACCCCAUUAUCGAAGAGCUUUUCACUGCCAUUCGAGGAAAAGGUGCUUUUCUGAAUGGGAAUCCGAUCAAAGUGUCCGCACAAACUGAACUGAUUACCUCUCUUCUUGGAACUGAGGCACCCACACAACGUGACAAGUUAUCUGUAGAUGGCUGUACAAAUAGGAUUAAUAACAUGCUUUCCAAGGUGAGAUCCCUUCGAAUGAGCGGCUCGUGUGCUUUGAACUUAUGUGGAAUUGCUUGUGGAAGGCUGGAUGUAUGCUUUGAACUUGGCUUUGGUGGUCCUUGGGAUGUGGCUGCUGGUGCUGUCAUUAUUAGAGAAGCCGGAGGUGUUGUUUUUGAUCCUUCUGGUGCAGAUUUUGACAUCACAUCUCAGAGAGUAGCAGCCUCAAACCCUUUCUUAAAAGAUGCACUUGUUGAUGCUGUGCGCCAAGCCCAGUGAGAAACUUGGUCUUCAUCAAAGUUGGUGGAAUAUUGGCAUAUUGAGUAAGUCGACCUGCGUUAAUGCAUUUUGCUGAUGCUUGUUUCUUUCUAGUUGUUCUAUUUCUAUAGUUGCUGCAUAAGCGUCACCAAAAUAUUUGUAUAAUCUAAUUAUUACCAUUUCACGUUUCAUGAUGCAACUCGCUUCGGACUAAUUCAAUUCACA